CACCGAGAGCCCGCGGCAGCCACACGAGUUUCAGAGAUGGCGGACUUCGUAGUCGUGAUGCCGUCGAUGAAGGACGCCGUGAUCCAGCACCUACGGGACAGCUUCUUCGCCGACGAACCCCUCAAUAAGGCGGUGGGGCUCUGCGAGAGGGGCCAACCACACGCGGCCUUAGAACGUCUUUGCCUCGCAACUAUGACCGAUGGUCUUUCUAUUGCUGCGAUGGACGGUGACAAGGUGUUAGGCGUUGCUCUGAACGGCAUUUUAUGACACGGCGACAUCGAGCAGUCGAUCGAGAAGAUAAAGCAGUCCACCGACGAGAAGUUCAACAAGAUAUUCAACAUUCUGUACACUGUCAGCCGGGAUUUGAACCUCUUCAAUACUUUUGAGGUGGAUCUAAUCAUGGAGUGCCGGAUCAUAUCAGUACACGAGAACGCUCGUGGACGUGGUCUCGCCAAGGAGCUGAUGAAACGAAGCAUCGAUCUUGCCAGGGAUAAUGAGUUCAAAUUGUUCAAGGUAGACGCAACGGGCGCAUUUUCUCAACGCAUUUGCAGGAGCCUAGGCCUCGAAGAGCUUAAAAGCGUCCGCUACGAUGAGUACUGUGAUGAGAGUGGAACACCUAUUUUUAGAGUUCCGCCACCGCACCACGCCCUCUGUGUUAUGAUUUUGAAACUUCCAUGAAUAGUUUCAGUAUGUGAAUACUAGAUGUCGCUUUCGUUUAAAUAUACAACCGUUUUAAUAAAUUAAAUUAUUUCAUUUCCAGAUGAUAGAUUCAUAGAUUUUGAAAAUUUUAUAUAUUUUAGUAGUACAUAUUUUAAGCUGUGUAAGCUUAUAGUACCGGGAUUGUUUAAAUGUACUUUGGAUCAAACUGGUUAUGAGCGCAAUGGAGAUAAUAGCAGAAACGUAUCUAUGUACAAGGGAUGUAUUAAGUUUAUUUUAGUUAAAUCCGCAAUCUGUCUUUUAUUACUGUCGUUAUUGAUUCCGUUACCGUUGUUACUAUGUACGUUAUGGUUGCCUAAAAGAUAUCGCUAAUAGCGAUAAGUUGUGAAUUGCUUAUUUUCAUGAAUAAAGUUUUAUCUAAAUUCCUAUAUCUGUGUCACACACAGAAACACAAACAGUGGUAUAAAUAUUAUUACUAAUACAUACGUAAAAUGUAGCUGGAACCAAUCUAACUCAUCGCUAUCAAUAAUUAAUGUUAAAUAGAGGCAAUUUAAAAUAAUUUUAUUGAAGUUACGAAAAAGCAUUUUGAUUAAGAGUAAAAAAUAUUUUUUUUGUUGUAACUUUGGUGAUUCUAUUCAACAAAUAAAUUGCUUCCAGUGAGAAGAUCUAGUAUACUCAUUACCUGGUAUAUUACUAGUUUGUAGUAUUCAUGUUUGAUAGUACUAUUUUAUUAUUUUGUAGAACAUUUACCAUAUUUUGGGAGUAGUUGUCUACAUAUUGUAUCGUAGAUGUCUCUAAAAUGGCACAAAUUAUCUAUAUUCUGUAUGGUUACAGUAGUGAAUAAUAAUACACUAUCGCUGAGAUAUAUAACUGUUAGCUCGAUGUGUAGUAAUGAUGUUGAAUAUUUAUCGAAAAUGUAUAUUAAAACACUGUAU